GGCUUGCAAAGGCACGGAAACUGAUGAAGCCAGCUCCACAAUGAAACACGUACUGCGCAGGUUGGCCAGCCUGUGGGGGAGCACGAGUACACAGAUCGAUGGGAUAAAACACAUAGGAGAAGAAGGGAAAACCGGCAGGCAGGAAAGGGUGGAGAAGAAGAGCAUCUGCUCCUACUUGCUGCGCCCAUUGCAAAAGAUGCCCUCCAGGCCGGGCAUGCAGAAGCGCUAUCAAGGACCGAGGGAGGUGAGCGACCACCGGGGCCUGAUAUUUCAGUCGCAUGCGGAUGAUGUGACGCUCUACGGCAGGCUGCCCUGACAGCUCCCAGAUCUGGCGAUCUGUGUGCUAGGUCCUGCAGAAGCGAGGCUCGUCGGCGGUGCGUCCCAAUACGACCAUGUAUGCACCAUUCAGCUUCUUCUGAAUAUGCCUAGUGUUAUGUUGCUCCCAUCGCACUCAAGAAAGUCUGUCUGGU